CUCUCUUCCCUUAGAUGAUUAACUAAAUCAAUUGACAAUCACCACUUUCACUGGAAACAACAACAAUUUACCUGAUUAGUUAUUUCUUCCCAUAAACAAAAUUAACUUUUCUUCAAACAAUUAACUCGUUUUCCCUUUAAACAAAAAAAAAACAAAUAGCAAAUUAAUCCAAAUGAUUAAAUUAAUUCAAUCAUCAUCAUCCAUUUUAUUAUUACUCUGGUUGUCAUCAAUAACAUCAUCAGAAGAUCAUGAGAAAGUGAUUGCUAAUUGUUGUCAAUCAGGAAUUGAUUACGCUGAUCGUUGGCCUUCAAUUGGAUGUACAAUUAACAAUCAAAGUGUUUUAAGUAAAGUUAAUUUUUCUCGUGAUUCUUUACCCUCAUGUGAGAUUAUCUUUCGUCUUUGUUGUACCUCUCGCCACCAAUCAGUUAAUUGUGAUUUAGGUAAAUCAUUGGCAUCAUCAUCAAGUGAUCCAUGUUUAUCAACAAUUAGUUAUACUCGUUAUGCUGAACAAUCAAAUUCAGUUUAUGAUUGUUGCCAAUCAUGUAAAUUGGGGAUCACCGCAAGGGAAGAGGGUCGAUCUUGUUCAUUAAAAUUACCACCAUCACAAUUUAACUCAAAUUGGAUUAAAUCAUUCACUGAUUGUUGUUCAGAGUCAUCACCCUCAUCACAUGAUAAUUCCCAUGAGCGUGAAACUGAUUCAACUGAAUCAAAGGUUAUUUGUGAAAAUGGUUUCAUUGAAUCAAAUGAAAGAUGUAAUUGUAAAUCGGGUUACAAACUAAAUCAACUUGGAUUAAAUUGUAUUGAUAUUAAUGAGUGUCUCGAGUAUUCAAGAGCCUGUGAACCUUGGGAAGAUUGUACUAAUCAAAUUGGAUCAUAUAAUUGUAGUAAAAAACCAAUUGAUCAGUUGAUUAGAUCAAAUCAAUUUUCACCUUACCCAUCAAGAUCAUUUUGUCCAACCGGAUUGACUCGAGGUGCUUCAGGUUCGUGUAUUGAUAUCGAUGAAUGUGUCCACGAACCUCCAGUUUGUCACCCGACCUUAGAGACUUGUGUUAAUGUACUUGGUUCGUAUCGAUGUGAAAAACGAUCACCACCAACGGACCCAAAUUCGUGUCCCAAUGGUUACCGAUCAAUUAACUCAAGAUGUAUCGAUAUUGAUGAAUGUUCAAUUGGUAUGCAUCGAUGUCGACCUUCAGUUGAAGAUUGUGUUAAUCUACCAGGUUCAUAUGAGUGCCGAUCGCGAUUUGAGCGUUUACGGGAAAUUAAACCUUCCGAUGAUGGACAAUGUGACUCAGGUUAUACUCGAACCCGAGAAACGGGUAAUUGUGAAGAUAUCGAUGAGUGCUAUGAUGCAAAUCGCUGCCCAGAUACUCAUCGGUGUAUUAAUAUGCCGGGAAACUUUUUGUGUAUCCGGAAAAAUGAAUGUGGCACUGGUUAUGUUUACAAUGUUUCCAGUGACAAUUGUGAUGAUAUCGAUGAAUGUGAAUCAUCACCAAGAAUCUGUGGAUCAUCAAUGAUGUUCAAAUGUGUCAACAAUCCGGGAACAUAUAAAUGUGUCCGAAUCGCUUGUCCACCAGGUCAAAAUUUAUUACCUGAAGGAAUCUGUCAAUCGAUUAAAUGUCCAGUUGGUUAUGAGAAAAAUUCUCAAGGAAAAUGUGAAGAUGUUGACGAAUGUACAAUUCCAGAGCGAUGUCCAGUUGGUCAUUCGUGUAUUAACCUUAUUGGUACAUAUCAGUGUCGAUCAAUUUGCGAAAGUGGACUUCGUUAUGACUCUCAAAGGGUAACUUGUGUUGAUAUUGAUGAAUGUGCUGAAGGGUCACACAAUUGUCUCUCAGGUCAAACUUGUACCAAUGGUUAUCGGUCAUUUUCUUGCUCCUGUCCACCAGGUCAAAAGUUAGAUGAGUAUCGAAGGUGUAUCGAUAUCGAUGAGUGUGCCAAGUAUGGACCAGAGGUGUGUCCAGUUAACUCAAUUUGCGUCAACAAGGAAGGUUCAUUUGAUUGUAUCUGUCAAAAGGGUUAUCGGCAAUCACAAUACUCACAAGGAUGUGAUGACAUUGAUGAAUGUCAAGAAACACCCUGGGUCUGUCCAGAUAAAUGUAUAAACACCCAAGGGUCAUAUAUAUGCUCAUGUUCACCAGGUUACAGAUUAGCUGAUGAUGGAAAGACUUGUGUUGAUAUUGAUGAAUGUUCAUCUAACAUGUCAAAUUUGGCACUUUUUUGUGAGGGUAAUUGUACCAAUACCGCUGGUUCGUACAUUUGUUCAUGUUCAGAGGGAUUUCAAGUUCGAGAUAAUCAAUUCUGUGAUGAUAUCAAUGAGUGUUUAAUAUCAAAACCUUGCGGUGAAUCAAUUUGCUUAAACACAAUCGGAUCAUAUAAAUGCUUUAAUCAAGAUUGUCCUCAAGGUUAUAUCAGAGACACAGCUCAUACUCAUCGAUGUAAAAAACCUCGGAAUUCAGUUCAAUGUGUCGGCGAUAAAUGUUAUGAGAUUUACAAGAGACCUUUAUCUUAUUCAUAUUCAUACAUUUCGAUACCAUCGGGGGCGCCGAUUCCACCCACCGGACGAUUGGCACUUUUCACCGCCCGAGGGCCGUUGAUUCCCGGUUCUGAGGUGAUUUUCAAGCUGAAUGUGACCAAUGUUCAAGCCGAUAAUUCAGUAGAACCUGCGACUCGAGAUGAUUUUCAUUUAACUUCAGUUUCCAAUGAGGCGACCAUAUCAUUGGUAAAAUCUUUGAAAGGUGAACAAUUAACUAAAUUAGAACUUGAUUUAGAUCUUUAUCAAGGUGAUCUACCCUCUGGAACAACUAAGAUCAUUCUAAUGUUACACAUUGCCAAACAUCCACUUCGACAAUCAAGACGACAAUUAACAAAUGAUCCAAGAGCUUAAUUAAUAAUCUAAUCAAUUCAAUUAAAUUGUCUUACAGGUUCAAAACCGCAACUUGAAAUAUACAAUUUGUAAAAGUUAAUCAAAUUGUAAUCAUGAAACAGAAAAUUUAUUAAUUAUAUUAUAAUUCCAAUCAGCAAUUAAAAAGUUAAUUUAUUUAUCAGAGAAAACUAA